UUUUUUCUCAUUAUCAUGAUCAGCACAACUACCACUAGCGAGCCCCUCGAGAUAGCCAUCAUUGGCGGUGGCAUAGUAGGACUCAUCCUUGCGGCUGGACUCAUCCAUCGCGAUGUCAAGGUGAAGGUCUACGAACAAGCGCGCGGCUUUCGCGAAAUCGGUGCUGGGAUCGCUUUCACCGCAAACGCCAUAAGAUGCAUGGAACUCAUCAAUCCGUAUGUUGUUACUGCUCUGCGGUCCGGUGGCUCUGUACCGACAUCCGCUGAUAAAGACGACCCCAACGACUACCUCCGAUGGAUCGACGGUUUCAAUGAAAGGGAUGCCAACAGUCCAAAGGACCAGAAGUUGCUGUACAAGAUCGAUGCAGGAUACAAGGGUUUCGAAGGAUGUCGAAGAGACCAAUUUCUCGAGUCUUUGGUAGACAUCAUACCCGACGGAACAAUCGAGUUGAGGAAAAGACUGGAGCGCAUCGACUGGGGCGAGAAGAUGUCGAUGGCUUUCAGCGAUGGUACAAGAGCGGAGGCUGACGCAAUUAUCGCAUGCGAUGGCAUCAAGUCGAAAGCGCGUGAGCUUGUGUUCGGAAAGGACAAUCCAGUUUCGUAUCCUGCCUAUACUCACAAGGUUGCAUAUCGUGCUCUCAUACCCAUGGACAAAGCCGUCGAAGCUCUGGGAGAGUACAAAGCAAGGAAUCAGCACAACCACGUUGGACCAGGUGCUCAUCUGAUCCACUACCCUGUAGCGAACGGCGCUGUGAUCAAUGCCACGGCCUUCAUAUCUGAUCCAGACGAUUGGCCCAGUGACAGACUUCUCGUGGCCCCAGGAAGUCGAGAUGACCUUGUGCAUGCAUUCCGCAACUGGAACCCCUGCGUCCGCGACACCAUUGCUAUGUUUCCGGAAAAGCUCGAGAAGUGGGCGGUAUUUGAUCUCUGCGAGUAUCCAGUACCGUACUACAACAAAGGCAAGAUAUGCCUAGCUGGAGAUGCCGCUCAUGCGUCAAGCCCUCAUCAUGGCGCUGGAGCUUGUAUGGGUGUGGAAGACGCACUCUGCUUGAGCACUCUGGUUGAUAUGAUCAACACAUCCCUUGCUGAGGGCAGAACCGAUAAAGAUCACGCUCUGAAGGCUGCCUUCGAAACAUACAACUGUGUCAGGCGUGCGAGAAGCCAGUGGUUAGUCAACAGCAGUCGAAGGGUCUGCGAUCUGUAUCAUCAAGAAGAGUGGGCGCAUUCGAAAAGAUGGACAAAGGCAGAAACCUGCUUCGAGGAGAUCAAGGAUCGCUCUCAGAAGAUCUGGCAUUUCGACUUCGCCGCAAUGGUUGCCGACACGAUCGUGGACUUUGAGCGCAGACUUGAAUUAGCUGUGUAG